UCAUUUCAUUUGAACCACGUCAAGUCACACACCAUCGAACCAAAACUCUCUCUUCUCUCUCUUUUCUUUUCUUUCACAUCAAGUAAACUCUCUGAAAUAAGAAGAAAGGAAAAGGAAAUCCUGAAGUUAGGGCAAAUUGAACAACAAAAAGGAGGUUUCUAUUUUCAAGCAACGAAGAAAAGGUUAAAGAGGCUAGGGCAAAAGGCAAAAUCAAAUCAGAAAGGCAAAUCACAAAAAGCAUUUCUACAUUUGUGAUUCAUUAAAGAAGUGUUGAAGAAAUCAUCUGGGUUACAAGUACCGAUUUGGAAGAUGAAGAAAGUAAACGUAAAGGUACUCUGAUGUGAAUCAACGUUCACAAAAAAGACUUGGAGCCAAAGCAAGAAUGUAAGGUUCAGAUUCAAGAAACAAGAUGAAAAAAGUUGAAAGAGAAUAUUAAAGGUAUGGUCUUCGGUCAUUGCUUAUACCUUCUUUCUCCUGUGAACACUGUUACUAUAUCUGAUUUCGGAGAAGAAGUCAAACAAAAACUUCAGUCUCUACUAUUUUUUACUUAAAGUAUUUCAACAGAUAUCAAGACUGAAAGCAAAAUUAAAAAGAAGCCAAGAUUCAAUCUCUCUCCUCUUAAUCAGUGAUUGAUAAUCAUUAAUUAGUAUUAGAGCUUGGUCUCAAAUAGAUCAAGCUUGGAAGAAAGAUCCUAAUGGCGAACAACGGUGGUUCCAACUUAGUGGCUUACACACUGAUCGAAGGACAAUCCAUCAACAGACCUCCAUUUUUCAACGGAAAAUAUUACAACUACUGGAAGGAAAGAAUGAAGAUAUUUGUUCAAUCAAUGGAUUACAACAUUUGGAAGAUAAUCAUGAAUGGUCCUCAAACUCCCACCAAAAUUGGCGUUGAUGGUGUUGUCACUCCCAAAACCGAAACAGAAUGGAAUGAAGAUGACAAGAAAAAAGUGGAACUCAAUGCUAAGGCACUCAACUUGCUAAACUGUGCGAUCAGCUUCGAAGAAUACCGGAAGAUUUCAAUAUCCAAAACGGCAAAAGAAAUCUGGGAUAAACUCCAAGUUACACAUGAUGGCACCCCACGAGUAAAGGAAAUGAGGAUUGACAUGCUGAAUAAAGAAUAUGAGAUAUUCUUCAUGAAGGAAGGAGAAUCAAUUGAUGACAUGUUUGAGAGAUUCUCUAUCAUCAUUUAUAACUUGGAUGCUAUGGAGAUUAUUCAUUCCGAACAAGUGCUGGUGAGGAAGGUCCUAAGAAGCUUAACAAAAGAAUGGAAAACUAAGGCUACUAAUAUCUCUAAAAGCAGCAACUUAAGUCAAAUGACCUAUGAUGAGUUGAGAGAAAAGUUACUAGCAUAUGAAAUCACUCACAUAAAGAAUGAUACAAAAAAGAAAGGAGUGACUCUUAAAUCUUGUACUGAAUCAUUGGAUGAUGAAUCCAGUUACUCAGAUGACGAGUUUGUGUUUUUUGUUAGAAAGAUGAUGAGACUCAAAGAAAGAAGCAAAGGAAGUAGCUCAAAGGAAUCGAAAAAGGACCUAAGCAAGGUUAUUUGCCACAACUGCGGAAAAGCUGAACACUACAAAUAUGACUGUCCGAAGCUUAAGAAAGAAGAUAAGUUGCCGAAGGACAAGAAGAAGGGACUUAAGGCUAUUGCUUCUUUUGAUAUGAGGAACGACAGGGAAAGAACAAGAGGCUGUGACGGUGGUGGCAACUUCGGGAAGGAUAAAAUUGACGCUCUUUGUAGGCUCCUGACGAGGAUUUUGCGUCAUAUGGCAUCUGAAUUGAACUUAGAUAUGCGAAGUGAUGGUUAUGUCAAAGUUAAUGAUCUGCUAAAGUUGAAUAUGAAGACAUUUGCUAAUAUUCCAUUAAGAUCCCACAAUAUUGAUGAUGUUAGGGAGGCUGUUCGAAAGGAUAAUAAGCAGCGCUUCAGCCUUAUAGAAGAAAAUGGGGAGCUACUUAUUCGAGCUAACCAAGGCCAUACAAUAACGGUAUGAGGUGAGAUGUAAAUGUUCUGAUCUUUUUAGAUGUUAGAAAAGCAUUGGAGGGUAUGAUGAUAUUCCAAACACAAUUCUUGAAAUGUUGAACUUCUCAGUUGUUUGUUGAUGAUUAGUAACUAAGAUAUACUCUUUUUACAAUCUUAUUGCAGAAGGUAUGAAACUGUCAUUGUUUCUUCUGCAUAGGUGUUUUAUACACUUGUUAAAUUUAAAACAAAAUGGUUAAGUCUAACUCAUCCUAUGAAUUGUUAAUGAAGUUUUUCCGAAGUUU